GUCGCCAGGCUGGGCCUGAAAAGGAACACCAUUCCUGCCUCAGGCCAACCGUAACUCGGCAGUAUAUAACAGUCGCUCCUCCCCAGAUGUUUUUGAACCUUUCUCGCGUAAUUGGGUCUAGUCUACUUCCGCGAAAUAACUUCAUCCUACCUACCUCACCCACCUCACCCACCUCACCUCGACCACAACCACCAUCAUCGUCACCGACACCGUCUCUGCCAUCCACACCAGAGCACAGUGCGUGGUCAAAUACGUUCAUUCACAGCUGCACAAGCCAGCGAUACCACAAAAAAAUAAAAUAAGGGACCAUCGAGACUGACUUGGCCGUCGUCUUUGUUCGAGCGCAUCGCAUCGAAACUCACGUCCAUCUCAAAAAAGCCAUUCACACAUCUUCGUGUUGUGGAUAUCGCAGUCAAUAGACCGACGCAUAUCCAUUCACCAUUGUCCACGGGUUGCUGUAGGGGAGACAUUGAGUUGUUUUUCUCCUCCAAACGGUACGCCAGCCUUUUCCACUCAGCCUCGCUCGAGCCUCGGCGGGUAUAAAGUUCUGCCCCCCGACCCCAACCUCCCCCUCUUCCUACUUUUUAUUGUCGUGCCCACCAUCUCAUCUGCGACACCAUCCACCACUUUUUGACUACAUUGCUCGUCGCAUCUCUCCCCGAAUCUCCAUUCUAACAGAGUCGCAUCAGACCCGCUCCACCUCGCAUCUUCCGUCUUCGGUCGACGUCAAUAACAUCACCUUCACCAUGGAUCAGAUCCAGACCCACCCCACCAACGCUGCGGCAGCAAAGACCUUCAUUGCGCCAGGCUCCUUGUCAUUCCCAGGUGGUGCUGGCGAGUUGACUCCACCUUCAGAUGGUCAGGUUCAGAAGGAUCAUCAGCAGCAGGUCGCUCAAGGUCAUGUUGGCAACGAGGUGGCUCCCGCGACGCCUGCAGCUACUCCAGGAACCAGCGCCAACGCCCCAACAGGUGUCAGCGGUAUCGUACCAACCUUGCAGUAUGUAUCACCCUAAAAACCUCAUGUUUUGAACUUGAGGCUUAUCUUGCAUGUAAAGAAACAUCGUUGCCACGGUCAAUCUCGAUUGCCGCUUGGAUCUGAAGACGAUCGCCCUGCAUGCGAGAAACGCGGAAUAUAACCCCAAGGUACUGCUGACGCUAGGCCAUUCAACCUUCGUUUUGCUAACCAUCGCAGCGUUUUGCGGCUGUUAUCAUGCGUAUCAGAGAGCCAAAAACUACUGCAUUGAUCUUCGCCUCUGGCAAGAUGGUCGUUACUGGUGCCAAGUCUGAGGACGAUUCGAAGCUAGCAUCACGAAAGUAUGCGCGCAUCAUUCAAAAGCUCGGUUUCAACGCCAAGUUCACCGACUUCAAGAUCCAAAACAUUGUCGGCUCUUGCGACAUCAAGUUCCCCAUUCGUUUGGAAGGUCUUGCAUCGCGCCAUCACAAUUUCAGCUCUUACGAGCCUGAGUUGUUCCCUGGUCUCAUUUACAGAAUGAUUAAGCCCAAGAUUGUCCUUUUGAUCUUCGUCAGUGGAAAGAUCGUCUUGACUGGUGCCAAAGUUCGUGAGGAGAUUUACCAGGCUUUCGAGAUGAUCUACCCCGUGCUCCAGGGUAAGUUUCACUACGUGUUCACUUUCAAGAUCAUGUCACUAAUAUACAUUCCAGACUUCAAAAAGGUCUAGUGUAGCAAUGCGAAGAUUUGCAUCUGCGGUACGAUCAUUCAGGUUCCUCACCGCAGGAUGUACCAAUAUACCCCAAACUGUACAAGUAUUUUGCGUUUUUCACGAUUUUCACGACCCCCUUCAAAAGUCGGUAAAUGGUUGACGCCACAAUCAUCUCACUGACUUGACCCAUCUCUUCGUCAAUCAGUAGUCAACCAUUUCCUCCCAUCAUCAUUAUGCAUUGCAACGGCGUACAUGGGGAUGAGUCCGUGGAGAGGCUCACCAUAGGUUUCUAGCAUGUUUCUGUUUUUAUUUUUUUCUGCACGCGCGCGAAGAACAUAGAUUGUACACACCACACAUUCGGCGAUGGCAUGUACGCAGGUCGAAGAUGCCGUCUUAAUAACGCUCUUCAUAAACCAAAGAGCUAAUAUUCUCGUUGCGACGGUUAAGGGUUCCUUCCGCCUUCCUGUUGGUUGGCAAAGACAGUAUGACACUGAUGGAGUCUUUCAGGUGUCCCAGACAGACGCUUGAUGUCUCGGGUUGCCAAAACAUAAUAAGCAUCGUGGUGAAGAUAAUCAUGUGGCUUCCCCAAAUUUGCGCUGGCCUCUGGCUGGUAAGAAACUCCGUGGCCUUUCAUGUAUUGCUAUGACGGACG